GCAACAGUCUCCGGUCCUCGGCCUGACCUCAUGGAUCCCGGCGGAAGUGAACUGGACUCCAGCCUGCCGCAGCCGGAGAACCCGUGCCUGAUCGUGGAGGACUCCCAGCCGGACAGCGUCGGUCUGGAGGACGACCCGGAGAGCAGCUACCGGGCGCUGCUGGCCCGCCGCCUGUCCAGCCUGCAGCCCACCGCCCGCAGCCCGGUUCUGGAGCUGAUAUCAUCACCACUAGGAAGCAGAUGCUCCCAAACUGACAGCCAAUCAGAGAGCAACAAUCAGGCUGAACCAGACGUCGUGGCAGCAGCUGAGCCCGGCUCACCGCUGCAGGAGGAGAGUCAAGUGAUCAGCAUCUGUCCUCCUCCAAGCAGAAACAAGUUUGACUCUGAAAUGGAUCCUGGAGCGGAUUCCACAACAAACUGUGUUCAGCCUGACGGCGGAUCCUCACAGUUCGGGUUUCUGGCGCUCUCGCAGAGUCAAGACCUUCAAGCGGACACCGACUUUGGGCAUUGCUCAGAAAAGCAGCAGAGCGCCGGCUCCAAAACUGUGGAGAGUCAAGAUAACAACAAGGCUGUGAGGUCUGAGGUGAGCUCCAGCAGCACCGCGGAGCCCCAGCUGACCGUCCAGGCGCUGCUGCACUCCCAGAACCUGCAGGCCUCCCAGGAGCCGGACCAGCAGGACGGCGACCUCCUGUCCUCACAGCAGGACCUGUUCGACGCCGACAAGUCCGGUAACGGCGCCGCCGCCGUCGACAGCACCGUGUCGGAGCCGCCGGAGCAGCAGGCCCCGCCCACCUCCACGCCGGCCAGCACCCUCCGGCUGCUGCACCUCUCCGGCCAGGGAGCGCUGGCGCAGGACAGUCUGUCCCAGAGCUCCGUGGACUUCGUGGCCCCCACCCCGGACGACUUCACCCACACCCCGUUGAUCGUUCCCAGCUCGCCUACCGAGGCGGAGAACGAACGCGAGGAGCCCAUGGACACCUCGCUGCCGCCGGAGGAGCGAGCGGCAGAGAAGGACGAGCCCAUGGAGACGGAGGCGUCCUCCAGACCGCGGCCAGCUACCUCCACCCCCGUGUCCCUGAACUCCUCCGGUUUGGGGUCGGAUCGAGCGCUCUCCGUGCCGUCCCAGCCUGAGUUCUCCCAUGACGUUUUUGUUCCAACUCAGAGCCAAGAAGCUAAAGCCAAGUCUCCCCCGCCGCCGCCUCCAGAGACGCAGUCCCAGCUCCGGGAGUCGGCUCCGUUCACGGCGCCGCUGCAGCUCUCCCCGAACGCUAACAGCAAUCUGCCGCUUCCCGCCGAGGAGGACAGUCAGGCCACGCAGAUAGAGGAGCUGGAGGAGCCGCCCGGCGACUCGGCGGCUCCGUGUCACGAUCAGGAGAAGAAGAGCAGCGGCGAGCAGGAGGCAGACGGGCAGAAAGCUGCAGCAGACGUGAAGGAGGCUGAAAACAGCUGCGUGCCGGAGACGCCGCCGCCGUCCUCCGUCGCUCAGACCGCCGCCGUCGGCCCGACGCCAGAGACGACCGAGUCCCGGCGUGCAGAACGUCAGGAAGCGGUCGGCAACAGCCCGACGGACAGAGACGGGACGGAUGACGGCGAGCGGCGGGAGGAAGAGGCGGGGAUGGAGGAGGAGAGCGGCGGGGGGGCCUCGGGGAUCGCGCUGGUCCUGUCGCAGAGUCAGCUGGUGUCUCCUGAGCCAAUGGAGGAGGAGGACAGCCAGGACAGCGUCAUCGUGGUGUCGGACAGCGAGAAGGACGCCGCCGCUGGGCCCGGCGGGGACGAGCGGCCGGCCGUUGCCGCCGCCGCUAACGGCCACCGGCGGCAGAGCGAGGCGGGACGGGAAGACGCGGCUCUGGACGGGUCGCCCCAGACGGGCGGCGUGAGGCGGGAGGCCGAAGGCGUCAGGGACAAGAGCCUGAACGACUCGGGAGACAUUUCCUUCCACUUCACGCUUCCUAAGGAGGGGGAGCUGAUCGGCCCGGCCGUCGGCUCCACGCCGCCUCUGAUCAACCAGCUGAAGCAGACGCUCAGACACAGCACGCCCAUCGACAGCGUCCCCUUCGCAGAGAAGCCAGCCGCCGUAGACGCCGUCUCUCCGGACGCGGCGGCGGCCGGUGACGUUGCCUCAGGAGGAGGAGGAGGAGGAGGAGGAGAGGACGCGGCGGACAAGGAGGAGCAGAAGCUGAGCCUGAGGAUGAAGCUGGUGACGCCCGUGGAGGAAGGCAGCUCCGAGCGCUUCAGCCUGCAGAAGCCAACGCUGUCGGAGGAGGAGGAUGCGGUCGCCAAGGCCACGGCGGUUUCCACGGCUGCAGCCAGCCCCUCUGUGUUCACGCGGGUUCGGCAGGUGCACCGACCGCAGGCGGCGGAGGAAGACGUUCACCCUGGGAACAACAUCGCCGCCAUCAGGGGGAAACUGUUUGCCUCUCCGCAGAGGAGCUCCCAGGCUUCCUCCCUGAGAUGUAACAGCCUCCCAAACAGCCAGGACGCGUCGUCGGCCUCCCAGAACGACCUCAGAGAUCCCCGCGCUCCCGCAGAGCCGUCGCCGGAGGCCGUGACGGCGCCUCCGUCCAACAGCGUGGACGUCGGACAGAAGGAGGCGUCCCGCAGGACGUCCGACAACGCCGCGCCGUCUACUCCGCCCAACAAGUCCCGGCAGCGGAACGUCUCCCAGCAGACCAGCUUCGACGGGCCGGGCCUGCGCUCUCCUGCCGGCCGGGGCGAACCGGAGUCGCCGUCGUUCAGGAGGACCGCGGCGCCGGCGCACCGCAGACACGUGCGCACCGUCCAGGAGGUCCGGACCACCAUCACGCGGAUCAUCACGGACGUUUAUUACGAGGACGGCAGAGAGGUGGACCGUAGAGUCACUGAGGAGAGCGAGGAGCCCGUGGUGGACUGUCAGGUGUUGGACGACGACGUCUCUCCGUGCCGCACAGGCAGCAGCUCGGUUACCUCUGGUGACCUGGCUGACGUCAGCUCUCUGUCGUCCAAGGCCUCCAGCCUGCAGCACAGCUCCGGAACGACGGGCAGCAGCGCCGGCCCCGCCAGGCCCGACUUCCUAAUGCCGCCCAGCAGAGGCUUCAAGUCCAUCAGUCCCAGGAGGGGAGGUGGGCAUCCACAGAGGGGUCUCAGGGCUCACAGGGCGGGGUCAGUGGUCACUGUGGGCAGAGGCGGCAGCACCUUAGGGUCCCGGGCCUUCGUCCCGCUGACUCCCAGGGGAAGGGCUAGAAGGGGCCGGCCCCCGUCCCGCUCCUCCCUGUCCAGGGGGGGUGGCGUCGGCCCGCCGCAGAGGCCCGGCGCUCACGCCCAGACCCACUCCUCCUCGGAGGACGAGCCCUACGCCUGCAUGCUGCCGCCGCGCCUCCCCUUCAGCCCGUCGGACCCCGACCCCCCCAGCCGCUCGGACUCCCUCCGGUCGUCGCCCGAGGAGGCGAGCUCGGCCGGGAGCAGCUUCGUCGGCCUGCGGGUCGUCGCCAAGUGGUCGUCCAACGGCUACUUCUACUCGGGCCGCAUCAUGAAGGACGCCGGGGACAGCAGGUUCCGGCUGCGCUUCGACGACGGCUACGAGUGCGAGGUGGCGGGGAAGGAUAUCCUGCUGUGCGAUCCCAUCCCGCUGGAGACGGAGGUCACGGCUCUGCUGGAGGACGAGUACUUCAGCAUAGGGGUCGUAAAGGGCCACAAAACGGAGGGCCAGGAGCUUUUCUACAGCGUGGAGAAGGACGGUCAGAGGCAGUGGUACAACCGGACGGCGGUCAUUCUGUCUCUGGAGCAGGGAAACAAGCUGAGGGAGCAGCACAGCCUCGGACCCUACGAGCCCACCACGCCCCUGACCAAAGCCUCCGACAUCAGUCUGGAUAACUUGGUGGAGGGGAAGAGGCGGCGCAGGUCAACGCCCGGGGGUCCGAACACGCCCAGCAAAAGCUCCUCCAGCAGUCCCCGGACCCCCGGCCCCUCCGGAAAGAGGAGGCUGAUGUCGUCUGAGGAGAGCAGGCUGCCCUCCAAGAGGGGCCGGCGAGGGGGAGGAGCCAGAGCCGGUCAGCGCGUCGGCGUUUGCAACACCUCCGGCAGCGGCACCGACCUGCCGGGCCGGUCCUGCGACGUGGCGGAGACCCACGGGCCGCUGCCUCAGAACGCGUCUCUGUUCAUGGGCUUCGCCUUCAUGCUGACGGCGUCGUCCGAGGUCGACCGCAUGACCAACAAGGUCGCCGCCGGCAACGAGGAGGAGGAAGAGGAGGAGGAUUACGUUCAGACGGGUCCGUACAACAAGCCGUACACAGAGUCGCAGCUGCAGGCUGGCGGAGGCUUCAUCCUGCCGGACUUUAACGAGGAGCAGUGCAAGGCGGCGUAUCAGAGCCUCCUCAUCGCCGACCAGCACUGCCGCACCAGGAAGUACCUGCUGUGUCUGGCCAGCGGCGUGCCGUGCGUCUCCCAUAUCUGGGUGCGGGACUGCUGCAAAGAGAACAAGCUGCUGAACUACAGGAACUACCUGCUGCCGGCCGGCGUGGGGCCGGACGACGCCAUCGUGGAGUGGCAUCCGCGCUCCAGCCCCUUCAAAGCGCUGCGCUUCCUGCUGCUGUCCCAGAAGCCGGACGAGCUGUGGGCCCAGCUGGCCACCAUGGGCGGCGCCUCGUCCGUACGGCAGGUCCAGACCGACGGCGCCGACGGCUCCGAGGUUCCAGCCGGGAAGUACGACGUGGUGGUGGCGGACCCCGCCUGUCCGCCGGCGCUGGAGAAGAGCGUGACGUCGCAGGAAGUGCCGAUGGUGUCCGCCGAGUGGCUCAUCCAGAGCGUGAUCUGCGGGGAGCGUCUGGGUUUCAGCAGCAGGCCUCAGUAUCGCCAUGACUACGCCUCCUCAUCCUCCUCCUCCUCAUCCUAAUCCGCCGCCAUCGACCAAGCUCCGCGCUCCGUUGCAUGCCUCCGCUGUACAUAAGUUGUGUUUUUAUGGGACAAUAAAUUGUGACAUGUUUCAUUUUA